AUGUUGAUACUUUAUCUAUUAUUUAUUGGUGUUUGUUUGGGCGCUAAAAAUAAGCAACAACAUGCUGAUGAGCAAGUUAUUCGCGCGGAGAAAAAUAUUCCAAUUCAUGAUCCACGUCCUUUGAAACAUUCGGAAAUUCAGGAUGGUGAUGAACUUCUGAUGUCUCAAGUUGUAAGUUUAGAAUCUUUUCUUGAAGGGGAACUGUUUCAACUGUGAACCUCUGUAUAUUUUCUGAAAGAUUCUGAAGACGCCUAAGCUAAAAAUCAAAAUAGGAAAUAUGAAUUUCAUAGGUGUGGCGUCACGGUGAUCGAGCCCCGGUUGGAAAUUAUCCAACAGAUCCACAUGGCGAAAAUGUUUGGCCAAAUGGUUGGGGAGAAUUAACACAACUUGGAAUGAGACAACAAUACGCGCUUGGAAGACUUCUCUAUAAAAAAUAUAUCAAUUCUUCGCAACCACUUUUGAGUAAAAACUAUAAUGCAAAAGAGGUUUAUAUUCGAUCAACUGAUGUGAAUCGAACACUCAUUUCAGCAUUAUCGAAUUUAGCAGGAAUGUUUGAAAAUGGAGAAGCGGGACAUGAUUAUCCGGAUAAUCCACGUUGGCCAGUUGGAUGGACACCGAUUCCUGUUCAUACUGUUGCGGAAAAAGAUGAUCCGGUCAGAUUAAUAACAGUAUUAUUUUGAAAAUAUAUUAAUUAUUUUAACCGUUUAGAUUGGAAACGUAUUUGCUCCAUGUCCACGAGCUGAUGAGCUUACAACUGGAAUUUACAAUGGGCCAGGAUGGUUGAAAUUUGUUGCAGAUAAUCAGAAAUUCCUCGACUUUCUUACUGAAAAAUCAGGAAAAGUUGUGAAGAUGAAUGAGAUUUAUACAAUUAAUGAUGUUCAUUACAUCGAGGUAUCUACACAGUUUUUGUAGGAAAAAUAUAACCAAAACCGUUUUCAGAAGCUCUAUAACUUGUCACAACCAGCUUGGUUGACUGAAGAAGUUGAGACCAAGUUGAGAGAUCUUUCACAAAUCUCAACACGAUAUUUGUUUGGAAUUGGAGAUCCGUAUGUUCCAGAACUUAUUCGACUUCGUGGUGGACCAUUGUUGAAAACUAUUAUUGAUAAAAUGAAUCAGAAAAUCAGUUGUUUGAAAAAACUAAACAAUGGAGAAGAAUGUUCGUGGAUUUCGAAAUUGAAAUAUCACGCAUAUUCUGCUGUAAGUAUUUGUGUUGUGUUCUUAUCAAAUUUAUAAGUUGUUAUCACUGAACUGUAUCAUUUUUCAGCAUGAUACAACAGUUUAUGCAUUUUUGACAACUUUUGGAGAUGAGGAGAAAGUUAUUAUUGGUGGAAUGCCUCAUUAUACAGCUUCGGUUGCUGUGGAAUUGUGGAAUUUGAAAAAUUCAGGACCAUCUGUUAGAGUAAGUUGAGAUAGACUUCUUUUUAAAAACAAAAAUUUUCAAAAUUUUCGAAUUAUCACACAAAAUUGGUGUUUUCAAGCUUCGGAGGAAGACUAAUCAAAACCAAAAACUAUGAAAUUCAAAUUCGAAAUUGUUUCAGGUUUUAUUCCACAGUGCUUUCCAUCACACUUAUCACGUCAUAACACAUUUGGCAAAAGGUUGCCCACAAAACAGCGAAUUCUGCUCAUUGAGAACUUUCCAAGAGAGAAGUUUGAAAUUUUUGCCAACAAACUUGGAAAAAGAAUGUCGCUCAUCGCAAGAAUUGAAGAAAAAGAAUCGAACUUCUUGGAAUAAUUGA